CCUUGGGUAUAUUGACUGUGUUUAUAAAUGAGAAGACCCGUGACCAGCUAAGAGAAUCUGCUGCAAGGAAUGGAAUUAGCUCAUAGCCUGCUGCUCAAUGAAGAAGCAGUCAGUCAGCUAGGCGAAGUUCAGAAGGCUGAGUUUAUUUUUGAGUGGCUGAGAUACUUGGAGAAGCUUUUGCUAGCAACCAGCAGGAGCGAUGUGAGGGAGAAGCAGAAGACUCUUGUUGAACAGCUCUUAUCCUUACUGAACAGCUCCCCGGGGCCUCCCACACGAAAGCUCCUUGCUCAGAAUCUAGCCAUACUUUAUAGUAUUGGAGACACAUUUUCUGUUUAUGAGACAAUCGAUAAAUGCAAUGAUCUUAUUCGUAGCAAAGAUGACUCUCCAAGUUACCUUCCCACCAAACUUGCUGCUGUGGUGUGCUUGGGUUCCUUGUACAAGAAGUUGGGUAGAAUACUGGCUAACGCCUUUAGCGAUACAGUGGGCAAUAUUCUUAAGGCUAUGAAGAGUGCAGAGUCUCAAGGCCGGUACGAGAUCAUGCUGAGUCUGCAGAGUAUACUGACUGGACUGGGUGCCGCUGGGGCACCUUGCCACAGGGAUAUUUACAAAGCUGCUCGGUCCUGCUUAACAGACAGGUCCAUGGCUGUCCGUUGUGCUGCUGCCAAGUGUCUUCUUGAGCUCCAGAAUGAGGCUGUCUUCAUGUGGAGCACAGACCUGGACAGUGUGGCCACACUGUGUUUUAAGUCCUUUGAAGGUUCCAAUUAUGAUGUGAGGAUUUCAGUUUCAAAGCUACUGGGCUCAGUGUUGGCUAAAGCUGUACUUGCUAAGCAUCCAGGAGCGGGAGCUUUGAGGCAAAAUGCUCGCAGAGUCUCUGUGGAGGAAGUUCUGGAAUUGCUGGGAACAGGGUUUCUGCGUGGGAGUUCAGGAUUCCUUCGAGCCAGUGGAGAUAUGCUGAAAGGAAGCAGUUCAGUCAGCAGGGACGUUCGAGUUGGAGUUACUCAGGCUUACGUGGUAUUUGUUUCAACGUUAGGAGGAGCUUGGCUAGAGAAGAACUUUGCUAUCUUUCUUUCUCAUAUCCUAAGCCUUGUGUCACAGUUGAAUUCUAAAGCCACCCAAACUCAGAUUGAUGCUGUCUGCUGUCGCCGUUGUGUUUCAUUUAUCCUUCGAGCGACUAUAGGAGGCCUUCUUGGAGAAAAGGCUCAAAUUGCUGCUGCAAAGGAUAUCUGCCAGGCCAUCUGGAAGCUGAAGAAAAUUGUGGAUGCUGUAUUGAGUGAUGGUAAUUUGGAAACCCGGCUCAGUUCCACGGAUGUAGCAGCCAGCCAGCAUACACUGGUUUGUGCAUUACAGGAACUUGGAAAUCUGAUACACAGUCUCGGCACUACAGCUGCACCUUUGCUACAGGAUUCCAGUACAGGCCUUCUGGACAGUGUUGUUUCAAUGGUUCUCCACCCCAGCAUUUCUGUUCGGCUCGCAGCAGCCUGGUGCUUGCACUGCAUUGCUGUGGCAUUGCCUUCCCAGCUGACACCUCUCUUAGACCGAUGCCUAGAACGGAUCACCAUUCUGAAGUCUUCACCGGAAGCAGUGACUGGCUUUAGUUUUGCAGUGGCAGCCUUGCUAGGUGCGGUGACACACUGUCCUUUAGGAAUUCCUCAUGGAAAGGGCAAGAUAAUCAUGGCACUGGCAGAGGAUUUGCUGUGUUCUGCUGCUCAAAACAGCCGCCUGUCACUUCAACGCACACAAGCGGGAUGGUUGCUGAUUGCUGCUCUUAUGACGUUAGGCCCUGCUGUUGUCAGUCAUCAUCUUCCCCGAGUUCUGCUGCUGUGGAAGUGUGUCUUUCCAGUGUCUCCCAAAGAUCUAGAAACAGAAAAAAGCCGAGGGGAUUCAUUCACGUGGCAAGUAACCCUGGAGGGCCGAGCUGGUGCUCUCUGUGCUGUCAAGAGCUUCAUUUCCCACUGUGGUGAUCUCCUUACUGAGGAAGUAAUUCAGCGUCUUCUGCCACCUCUUCCCUGUGCUGUGGAUUUGCUGACUCAGCUUUCUUCAAUACUAAAAACAUAUGGAAGUUCUUUGAAAACACCAUCAGUAGUUUAUAGACAGAGGCUUUAUGAACUGCUAAUUUUGUUACCUCCUGAGACCUAUAAAGGGAACCUCAGUGCUAUCCUCAAAGAGCUGGCUGCUGAACUGACUGCUCCUGACACCCAAGCAGCAGCUUCUGCAUGUUUACUUCCAGCCCUUUGUCACCCAGAUGACCUUUUGAUAUUAAGUCCUUUGCUGCAAGAGACUGACCAUAGGUUUAUUGAAGAACAGCUCCUGCUUGGUAAUGGUGUUGCUUGUGGAAGUCUAGAAUAUGACCCUUACUCUAUCUAUGAGAAGGACGUAGAAGGAGACUCUGUGCCUAAGCCCCUACCCCCAGCACUGUCAGUUAUUAGCUCCGCAUCCAAGCUCUUCGGGGUUGUCUGUGCUCAUGUGGGAGAGGCCCAGAGGUUUCAGAUACUGGAGCAGCUUUUGAACAGCAUAAAGCAUACCAAAGGAGCUCGUCAGCAAGCAGUUCAGUUGCACGUUGUUUGUGCUGUUUCUAAUUUAUUGAAGUAUGUGGCUGGCUCUAAACGAAGUUUAGGUCCUGAAGUAAGAAGACUUGUCCUAACACUAGUGCUGGGAGCCCUAGAAAGUCCCAACCCCCUUUUGAGAUGUGCAGCUUCGGAAGCAUGGGCUAGAUUGGCCCAAGUGGUUGAUGAUGGAGUUUUUACGGCUGGAUUAGCCCAAGUUAGCUUUGACAAAUUGAAGUCAGCAAGAGAUGUGGUUACAAGAACAGGCCACUCACUGGCUCUGGGAUCCCUGCAUAGGUACUUAGGGGGCAUAGGUCCUCAGCACUUGAGUUCUUGUAUUGGAGUCCUUUAUACUUUGUCUCAGGACAGCACUUCUCCUGAUGUGCAGACCUGGGCACUGCACUCUCUCUCCCUGACCAUUGAUUCUGCUGGUGCACUCUAUCACGUACAUGUGGAGCCUACCCUGUCCCUCAUUACCAUGUUGUUGUUAAAUGUGCCUCCAACUCAUGCCGAAGUUCACCAGAGUCUUGGCCGAUGCUUGAACGCCCUUAUUACCACAUUAGGUCCAGAGCUACAAGGUAACAAUACUUCUGUGUCCACCUUAAGGACCUCGUGUCUGCUGGGUUGUGCCGUGAUGCAGGACAACCCAGGCUGCCUGGUUCAGGCUCAGGCCAUCUCUUGCCUUCAGCAGCUUCACAUGUUUGCUCCACGACAUGUCAACUUGUCAAGUCUGGUCAGCUGCCUCUGUGAGAUCUUGUUGGAUAAUUCUGUGUUGGGGAAUCUUUGUAGCCCCUACCUGUUGCUGAGAAGAGCAGUUCUGGCUUGUUUACGGCAGCUGGUGCAGAGAGAAGCCGCUGAAGUUUCAGAGCAUGCUGUCCUGCUAGCCAGUGACAGCAGGGACCUGGCUGCAGAUGCUAACAUCAGAGAAGUGGGCCUUGAAGGGGCACUGCUGGCCUUACUAGAUAAAGAAACAGACAAACGCCUAUGCCAGGAUAUCAGAGAGACUCUACAUCAUAUGCUGACAUCUAUGGCAGUGGAAAAGCUCUCCCUUUGGUUAAAGCUUUGUAAAGAUGUGCUUGCUGCAUCGGCUGAUUUUGCAGCUGUAACUUGCAUAGAUACAAUGCAAGAGGAAGAAGGAGAUAGAGGUGAUGAUGCCUCGGUUUUGACCAGCAGAAGUGAUGGAAAACCACACCCUUUCAGUAAUCCUCGAUGGGCCACCAGAGUCUUUGCUGCUGACUGCGUCUGUAGAAUAAUUGACCAGUGUGAAAAUGCAAACAGCGCCCAUUUUGACAUUGCUUUAGCACAAGAAAUGAAAAAAAGUGAUUCAAGAAAUGAUUUUUUGGUGCUCCAUCUUGCUGACCUAAUUCGAAUGGCUUUUAUGGCUGCUACAGACCACAGUGACCAGCUCCGUUUGUCUGGCCUGGACACACUCUUGGUUGUUAUCCGACGAUUUGCAGAUAUUGCAGAGCCAGAAUUUCCAGGUCAUGUUAUUCUGGAACAAUAUCAAGCCAAUGUUGGAGCAGCUCUUAGACCAGCCUUCACUUCAGAGACACCACCUGAUAUCACUGCCAAAGCUUGCCAGGUCUGCAGUGCGUGGAUAGCAAGUGGAGUUGUAAGUGACCUCAGUGACCUCCGCAGAGUUCAUCAGCUGCUUGUCUCGUCGCUAACAAAAGUACAGGCUGGAAAAGAAGCCCUCAGCCCCCUGUAUAACGAAAGUGCUUCCACCAUGGAGAUCUUGGCUGUGCUGAAAGCCUGGGCAGAGGUCUACAUUAUUGCUGUACAAAGACAUAGAAGUCACAAACAAACUUUGAAGACUGCUAUCAAACCAGAAGACAGUAUGAGAAGUGGGUCCCCUCCGACUGAUGGUCUUCUUGACUUAGUCAGUGCAGACCUGGGCACACUAAGCAGACUCUGGCUUGCUGCACUUCAAGAUUUUGCUCUCUUAACUUUGCCUGCAGAGUUUGCCUCCCAACUUCCUGUUGAAGGUGGUGCUUUCUACACAGCAGAGACCAGCGAAAAUGCAAAGCUGCAUUACCACAGCUCCUGGGCACUCAUCCUGCACGCCGCAGCACUGUGGCUCACCAGCACAGGCUUCACUGACCCGGACGAAGGAGCUGCCAAUCUCUCAAGGCCUGUAACUCCGACUUCCAUGUGUCAGGGCUCAUCGUCGUCUGGGGCUGCAGUCAAGUCGCCAGAGGAUGUCUACACUGACAGGUUCCAUCUGAUUUUAGGGAUCAGUGUAGAGUUCCUGUGUUCCCUGCGCUCAGAUGCCACCAUGGAGAGCCUCACCGCUUGUCUGCAUGCGCUGCAGGCCCUUCUCGAUGUUCCUUGGCCCAGAUCUAAAAUUGGCAGUGACCAGGACUUGGGUAUUGAAUUGCUGAAUGUACUACACCGAGUAAUUUUGACCCGGGAGUCCCCUGCCAUUCAGCUGGCUUCACUUGAAGUGGUUAGGCAGAUCAUCUGUGCAGCUCAAGAACACGUGAAGGAAAAAAGACGAAGUGCAGAAGUUGAUGAUGGGGCCUCUGAAAAGGAAACCCUGCCAGAGUUUGGUGAAGGGAAGGACACAGGAGGACUUGUGCCUGGGAAGUCACUGGUCUUUGCAACCCUGGAACUGUGCGUCUGCAUCCUCGUUAGACAACUCCCAGAACUAAACCCUAAGUUGACAGGUGGCCCAGCAGUAAAAGCUGCAAAGCCACAGACUCUGUCGGAGGAAGCAAGUAAACUGGUCGCGGCUGCCUUGGUCAUCCUUGCUGAGCUGCCUGCCGUCUGCUCCCCUGAAGGAAGCAUCUCAAUUCUCCCUACCAUAUUGUACCUUGCAAUUGGAGUCCUCAGAGAAACUGCUGUGAAGUUACCUGGGGGCCAGUUGUCCUCAACAGUCACGGCCUCCUUGCAAGCUUUGAAAGGAAUCUUAACUUCCCCAAUGGCCCGAGCAGAAAAGAGCCACGAAGCUUGGACCAGCCUCCUCCAGAAUGCUCUAGCAACUGUGCUUGACUGUUGGAGUCCAGUUGACAGAGCACAUCAAGAACUUGAUGACGUCAGUCUGCUUACUGCCAUCACGGUGUUUAUUUUGUCUACCAGUCCAGAAGUGACGACUGUCCCCUGCCUUCAGAAGCGCUGCAUUGAGAAAUUUAAGGCUGCCCUGGAGAGCAAAGACCCUGUGGUACAAAUGAAAACCUACCAGCUCCUACAUUCCAUUUUUCAGUAUCCAAAUCCAGCCAUUUCCUACCCGUACAUUUACUCUCUAGCAUCUUCCAUUGUGGAGAAGCUGCAGGAAAUAGACAAGAGAAAACCUGAAGACACUGCCGAGCUGCAGAUCUUUCAAGAAGGAAUAAAAGUCUUGGGAGCUUUGGUCACCAUUGCUGAGGAACAGCACCGCUCUCAGCUGGUGGCUUGCCUUCUGCCCAUCCUCAUUUCCUUCCUUUUGGAGGAGAAUGCUCUGGGAUCAGCAACCUCAGUUAUGAGAAGUCUGCAUGACUUUGCUUUGCAAAAUCUCAUGCAGAUCGGGCCAAGGUAUUCCUCAGUGUUUAGGAACGUCAUGGCUUCCUCCCCAGCCCUGAAAGCCCGGCUAGAGGCUGCUGUGAAAGGCAAUCAGGAAAGUGUCCGAGCGGAGCCACCUUCCAAACAUGCCAAGAACCUGGGCAGGAACUCAAGCAUCCAGUUAAAGACGAAUUUCCUGUGACACUGCUCUUCUGGAACACUGAGCACCAUAAUGUAACACCUGAUUGUCUCCUUGCUUUGGGGACAAAAGUGAAACUUGAGACACAAGUGUGCUUGGAGAUCCAGUUGAUUGCUCUAAUUUCAGGAGUGAUUGAGACUUAACAUUCUUGCUUAUUUUGGUUUGGUUUUGUUUCCAUUGACUAAGAUCAUGCAACUGCCAGAUUUCUUGCCGGGCAUUUCAAGAAAGUGCCAAAGAUCCCAAUUUACUAAGUAAUCCACUGUUUUGAGAAUGGAGGGAUUAUCUGUAAGGGUCUGCACAUUUGACUCUGGCAGACGUCAGUGUACUAUAAAGUAUCAGCACUCACCCCCACAUCCCAGUUGCUAAUGUAAAUCCUGCCAUAUUCAGUAGUAGCAUUAAACUUCAUGCAUUUCUCAAGCAACAUAAAUGAUUAGAGCUGGGAAGGGUAACUGAAGAAACUGAGGCAGAGUGGUCACCAAAGUUCUACACCAGCCUGGUCUACAUAGAAAAUUCCAGAGCAUCUGGUACUACACAAUAAGACUUCUGUCAAAAAACAAAUUAGUUAGCAAACAAGCUAAGCAAUAUUAAUAAUGCCAACAGUAAGUAAAUGAUUGGAAUGCUAUUUAAGAACCAGAUCUAGCCAGGCAGUUGGUGGUGCAUGCCUUUAAUCCCAGUACUCGGGAAGCAGAAGCAGGUAGAUCUCAGUGAGUUCAAGGCAAGCCUGGUCUACAGAGCAAGUUCUAGGACAGCUAGGGCUGUUACACAGAGAAACCUUGUCUUGAAAAACCAAAAAGAAACAAGAACCAGACCUCGAAUUACCCAGCAUACACUAGGACAGACUGCUUCAGCCUCACUAUACAGCUUGAGGCUGUGGCCUCUUGUACAGUACAUCAUGACUGUGUCCUUUAAGUGACUAUUGCUGAGUGCACAGAGUGCUUUUAUAUAGAAUAGACCAUCUCCAACCUUCUAUUCCUCAGAUGGAUUUUCUGUUACCUCUAUUCCAUUUUGUUGUUUUUAUUUGUGGAAAUCAUUCAUCUUGAGAGCUUCAUGUAGAUCCGUGUCUGUAUCGAUGUGGGAUUGUAUGAAUGCCAGAUUUAGUACAACAGAUUUAGAACUUCGGUGAAUACAAAUAUGUUUUUUUAACACAGAAUGUAUUUUAAUAUAAAAAAUAUAAUGACAAAGUCAUAUUGGUUGGAAACUAUUUUUGGCUGUGUUCAUGAUCACUGUCUUCCCCCCACACACACACACUUCAGUACUAUACUGUGUGAAUAGAGCACUAUGUCAAAGCAAUGCCGCUUCCUAUCCUAAUUUACACACUGCAGGGAUAGAGGCAUGUUCAGAAUUGAGAAGGACUGAUUAGAGCAGGAACCACGUGAUGGACUCUAUUUUAUUAUGUUUGUAUGUAAAUACUCUUGUAAAGCUUUCAGAUUGGAAAACAUUUGACAAACUAACACUACAAUCAACUUUUCUAUAUUACACAAAUAAAGCUAAUUUUCUUUAA